CAAAAACACAAAGCCCUAAUCGGACCAAACCCUAGGGUUUACCCUAACUGGACUAAACCCAACUUUUCUCCCAAAUCUCACAAAACCCAUUCCCCUUUCUUCUUCUCUCUCUCACUGCCAGGCCCAUCUCUCUCCUCGACCUUCCUUCCUUCUUCUUCUUCUUCUUCUUCUUCCUCUUCUUCCUCUUCUUCUUCUCUCUCUCUGCAUUUCUUUUCUUCCUAUUCUCUAUUUCUCUUCACUUUUGAGCUCCUUUUUCCGGCAAUGGAGUUGGACUGUGUAAGCUUCGUGGAGAGAACCAUGUGGGAGCGCUCUGUUUUGGAAGCUAUGGCGGUGGAGACUGUUUUCACCACUGCAAACUCCCUUGCUUGCCUUCUGGCGGCGGCAGGAGCUAUGUUAAAUAUUGCUAAUGGUACACCAGGAUUGGCUGCAAUUGAGGAGAGGUUUCCUUUCUCUGAACUUCACAAAAAGGAAAGGCCUGAUCAGGAAAACAAAGAUGGUAGUGAAACAGAGGAUGAUGAAGAUGAUGACGAUGACGAUGACGCAAAUGAUCAGGAUGACGACGACGACGACGAAGAUUUCUCUGGAGGUGAAGAAGGUGAUGAUGGUGAUCCAGAGGACGAUCCUGAAGCAAAUGGUGAUGGAAGAGCUGGAGGUGAUGAGGAAGAUGACGAUGACGAUGACGACAAUGGAGAUGAUGACGACGACGACGACGACGAGGACGAAGAUGAGGACGAAGAAGACGAAGAGGAGGAAACACCCCAGCCACCAGCCAAGAAGAGGAAGUGAGAAUAUCGAUUGGCCCUCCAAAUUGUUGAGUUUCGAGUAGCGAGGGAAGUUUAGCUAGUGUUAGCCUUUGCUUUAGGGGGUAGGAACAUUGUGGGCCUUGUUGGUAAUGAACUUCUCGUCUUAUGUUUGUGAUGUUGUGGAUCCAUAUUAUAUAUAACAAUUUCUUCUGCUAAA